CUUACACUUUAGAUUUUACCAUUUUCAUUUUACAACUUUGGCUGCUGCUCCAUCUGCCGGCUGUUGCUAUAUUCUUUAAUUUCUUAUUAAAUAGCUAAUGGGUGACAAGAAGAAGGCUGGCGCUCUAUUUGUGAGGCUUGUUUCAGCUGCUGGAACUGGAUUUUUCUAUGUGAAGAAGAAGACCAAAAAGCUUCAAACGAGUCAAACUAAGCUUGAGUUUAGAAAGUUUGAUCCUCGUGUGAAUCGUCAUGUUUUGUUCAAGGAAGAAAAGAUGAAGUGAUACAAAAGCCAAACUUGUGCCAAAUCCUCUUUAACUGUUAGGUUUCAUUUUUGUAGCACCAGAUGUGAAAUUAGAUGAGAGAACCUUUGCCCCACUUGUGCCACAACAAUAAGGUUAGGUUAUUUUAGUUCUAUCAUCUAUUUAUGUAAUUCUCUGAAUUCGUUCGUGAUCAUGUUGCAUGAAACAUAGUUAUAGAAGAGUAACUUUGAACGGACAA